UCAGUGGGGUACUGUAUGUGAUGAUGGAUGGGACAUGAAAGAUGCUGAGUUGGUGUGUCGUAUGCUUGGUUACCCUGGAGUACAGGAAUACAUAACCACUAACUUUACACCCGUCAAGGGUAUAAUAUGGCUGAGAUACGUCGGUUGYACAGGAAGGGAAUCUUCGAUUGCAGACUGUAGCCACGGAGGAUGGGGUAAUUCAUACUGUUACCAUGGUGAAGACGUUGGAGUGACGUCUAUUCAGGAAAUCAACGUCUGAUGUAUAGGUGUUCGUCUAGUGGAUGGCAAGACUCCUAACGAGGGACGUGUAGAAGUAAGAU